AUGGGUUCCGUUUUCCUACCCCAUCUUCGAAGCGGCUGGCACGUCGACCAAGCCAUCCUCAGCGAGGAGGAGCGUCUAGUCGUCAUCCUCUUCGGUCGUGACUCUGAUCCCGACUGCAUGAGAAUGGGAGAAGUCCUUUAUAAGAUCUCUGAACUAGUCCGCAACUUCGCCGUCAUCUACGUCUGUGAUAUCGACCAGGUGCCCGACUUCAACGAGAUGUACGAGCUCUACGAUCCUUGCACCAUCCUCUUCUUCUGGCGCAACAAACACAUGCUCUGCGAUUUCGGCACCGGUAACAACAACAAGCUUAACUGGGUUCUCGAGGAUAAGCAAGAGCUUAUCGACAUCAUCGAGACCAUCUACCGCGGCGCGAAGAAGGGCCGUGGUCUCGUGGUCAGCCCCAAAGAUUACUCCACGCGACAUCGGUAUUAA